UUAUAAAACACUCAUAAUUAAACUAGACUUUAUGCUAUGGAUUGUUAAUAACCCGCAAACUAUUAACAUCAUAAUAAAAAAUCACUCAUACAUUUCGUUGUUCCUUUUAUUAUCGAUAAAUCCAUUCAUUAAAUGAUCCUGUUCUUUAUUUUAUGUAACUCAUGCAUGAAUAACACUACUUUUUGUGCCUCCGAAGUGUGGCGAAAGUGACAAUUACAGUAGUUGAUUUUUUGCAUGAACAUAUUUGGAUUUAAACAACUGCAAACAAGAAAUAUUUUAAAAAUAACACGCUCUGCUCAUGCUCGAAAUGCAGAAACAAAGAUAUAAUGGCUGACAGAAUUCAAAUUGAAAUUUACCUCGUUUUAAAGUUAACUGUAUGUUUAUUCUUUUCUUGGUGCAUUCAGUGAAAUAACCCUAAUAAAGUGCACUAAACACUACUUAAUUACAGUUAGGUCUUUGAGGAUCUCACCCAAUCGAAUGCGAUCAUAUUGGUCACGUGACCGUCGUUUAUGGUGUGCCGUCGGUGCUUCUGUGUAACCGGUGGGAAUUGUAUGAAUGUUUAUUCGUUACAUCCUUGAAAAGAACGAUAAUUUCAUCAAGAAUAUUUAUUUGUUUCGAUUACUGAUUGUGUGUUGAUAUACGAUGUUCACGUGUAAUUAUUAUGUUUAUAUUGCUGUGCAAGAAAGUCGUGAAAUGCAUUCGUAUGAACAUAACCGCCGUUGAAAGCCCUCCUUAGGCGUGCGUACUACUCGGCGAAAUUCGAAUAUGAGGAAACGUAUUUAGCUCUUUAUUCAACAACCUGCAAAAAUGGAAGAUUUUAACGAUGGGGUUGAUGGUAAACUUGCAUCGAGAUUGCGAAAAGUCAAUCCAGAACAAUUUCAUACUCUUGUCAAAAUGCACCUGUCUUUUGAAUUGGAUCUUAAUACGGAAGAUUUUGAAUCUAGUUUGGACAAGAUUUGUGCUCCGUCCUGUCAAUGUGUUUUACACACAUUGGGCAAUGUUUGGCGUGAAGCUAAAAAUCUAGUUUGUUCCUCGAGUCCUUCUGUGCUGAAUACAGGAUGUAAUCAACCGUUCUGUUUCUGCAGUGAUUGCGUGGCAGAAAAAGCAAAAGAGAAGAAAUGGGGUUUACUAAGCUUCUCGAAAAAGCCAAAGUCGACGAUGAACCUUCAGAAAGGAAUGGAAGGUAUUGCUUUAACUCAGGAGGGAAUUAUUCAGGUUAAACAAUUGAUCAAAUACCUGUCAAAAGAACAAAGUAUUGUUCAGGAAGGAAUAUUUCGACGAACAGGAAAGUUAACACGGCAACAAGACCUAAAGACAGCAUUAUGCCAAGGUGUACCUUUAGAUCUUGAAGAUGGUCGUUUUAGUGUUCACGACUGUGCCUCUGUAUUGAAAGGAUUCUUGGCAGAAUUACCAGAACCUUUAUUGACUGAUUUACAUUAUCCUGCUCAUUGUCAGAUAGCUGAAUUAUACAGUUUGGAUGCAAAUGCAAAUGACUCAAGAUUAUUACGAUCUUUACAGCUACUGUUAUUGUUACUUCCGACUGAGAACAGGACUUUACUAAAGCACGUUCUAAUACUAUUGAACAAAACAGCCACUUUUGAAUGCAGUAACAAAAUGAAUUGUGAUACUCUGGCUACACUUUUUACGCCUCAUUUAAUGUGCCCAAGGAAAUUAUCUCCAGAGGCACUGCACAUCACCUCUCAGAAUCUGUCAGGACUGGUGGCUUUCAUGAUUAGAAAAGGCAUGGACUUAUUUGAAAUUCCCCCAAAAUUAGCCACUGAUAUCAGAGCUUAUUGGGUAGAACAAGAGAGAAAAUUAUUGAGUCCUAAAAAAACCGAUUUGAACGAAUCAACGUCAGAUGCAACGAGUACAGCUCAUACGGUUUUUAGCUUUGUGGAUCACAAGCUAACUGCUAAAGCGAAUUCUACACAAGACACACAGGCAGCUUUAGCCCAGCUUUAUGCUCAUAUACAGGCGAUGCCUGAAUCCGCAAAAAAGCGAAGACUCGUUAAACAGUUCAAUAAGGAGAAUGGCCAAGGCACUCCCAGGCAAGUGAAGCACUACAGAACGAAAAGUCUAGGAGACUCGAUAAAGAAACAUAUCUUUCAAAAGAAACUUCUGGGUCAUAAAAAACUUAUUGAUAUUAAUAUAGGCUGCAAUAUCAGCAGAUCGAGUAGCGAAGAAAACAUACUAUCGACGAGUCUCGAAAAGUCGCUGCUCCCCUCGAAAACACUAUUCAGUAAAUCGGACGACGAACUUAGCAUAGAUAAUUCCGAUACGUUGGAGAGUGAGAAUCUUCUUCAGAUAAAGCAUAUGAGUAAUAGUACAGGCAGCUUGGAUACGCCUGCUUUAGCAAGCUAUAAAGGAAAGAAAAAAGUGAUGUUAAUGAGUUUUGUAAAUAUUGGAGAAGAGGAUGAGGGGCAAAUUAAAGGCAACAAAAAGGAAUCCAUACAAAGAUUACAAAAGGAAGAAGCUAUAAUGAGUGAUGAUACUAGCGCCACCACAAAAUCCGAAGAGAAAAUAUCACCAAUGGACGAAAAAUGCACUAACAACAAGAGUCGCAGUCUUCAUGACAUCAGUCGUUCUGCCACAGUAACUUUGUCGCGAAAUCUCAGCGAGCCCAAUGACUUAUACUCACAGACCGCUUUUAAUGAAAUCGAUGAAAAGGAAAAGGAACUAGUCAGACAAAUUUCGGAUACAAUAUAUCCGGUAUCACGAUGCUCCAACAUAGAGGUCGUCUUUACACCAAGAAAUUCGAUGCCUGAUCUUAAAUCAACGCGUUCACCGACGAAGUUAGAUCCUUCACUGAGUAGCACGUCAAUUCAUUCCCCACCAAUGGCAAAGAACAAAUUUUGGAAUUUGUAUAACGCACAUACAUCAACACCAUCGAAUUUAUUACGACGAAGCCUGGUUACUAAUGAUUACUUAUUGACGCCUAUCGCGGAUCAUGAUAAAAGCAUGAGUCCUAUUACUCAAAGUACAACUAAGAUGAGCAAGGCCAUGCAGGAAACUAUGAUGACGCCACGAUCUCGGAAACCAGUUAUAAUGGUAUCCGGCUCGAACCUUUGCAAUCUGGCGACUCUCAACAAUGGAUGGUCACAAUAUGGUUCAACGACAAACUUACGCGGAUCAAAUGUGGAUCUCGUUGGACGCAAAAAUUGCACUUCCAUUCUAGAAGAGUCACAAAAGGCAGACAGUACCAGUAGUGAAAUUAUUCCAUUAGACAACACCGACUCGGAAAAUAAGGAGAAUAAUAUUUCUGACGAUAAAUGCGAAGACCUAAAUUUUGUCACAUCUGUGGAAGACAAUUACGGAUCUAUCAUGCAACGAAGUCCUGCUUCCAUAACGAGUACUUUCAGGGAAUAUUUGUUAUCUAGAAGUGUGCUCACUGCAAGUCCAGUCGAUCUUAGCUUUACAUCGCGCACUGGCGAUUUUGAACAGUCUGAAUCGGAUUUGAACAUUCUGAACGAGGACAGAUUGUCCGAUAGUUUACUGCAUUGUCUAGAUGGUAAUAAUCCUGGAUCCGAUACAUCGGGUAUAGCUUCGGGCAGCACGAACAGUGCUAACAAUUCCAUGGAAAAGAUUGAGGACGCGGUGCUAACUCCUAGGAAAAGAGGCACCAGCUUACAGCGAAAUGAUUCUAAACGAUCGGUCAGAGAAAAAACAAUGACGAGCAAAUUGAAAACUCAAGCUCUGAAGAAUAAACAGCUAAGCGAAUCGACAAUAAAUUCAAUAAAACUCAAGGAAACAUUCCAAGAGACAUCUUUCUAGCCCAUUAAGGGUGUAUACUUAUUAUAUAAGUAAAACGAAAUUAAGUUAAAACACCUAAAAUUUAAAAUUUUGUACCAUGUUGCAUUUACUAUUAUAUAUUUCUUAUUGAAGUUGUUGUUAUUUAACGUCAACUGUCACAUGAUGACUCAAUCAUUUGCUGAUUUUUUUCAGUUUUAUAGCAAUAUUUUGCUACGUGAUAUACAACUAGGUAAAUGGAAGACAUGACUCCGAUAAUUUAUUCAUGAGUGAACUACUGGUUUUGAAUAAAUGGAACUGUUGACAUAUUCAGACAUAAAAGAAAAUGAUACUUUAGACAUGUUGUCGCGUUUAUUAAUAAAUUAUAAUCGAAAGGUCGAAUUCUUAUUAUGUUAGCAGUGCCAAAAAGUCAAAGCAUGUUGGAUAUGCUUUAUAAAUAAUUGUAUUUUGCAUAAAGUAAGGUGUAUACCUGAACAAGUUGGUAAUAAAAAUAUAGAAGUUC